AUGAAUAACAAGAAUGCGUCCUCUUCUUUUAUAUAUCGAUUGAUUUUACCGCAUCUGAGGGAGAAUCUUGAUCUAAGGCCGAAAGAUAUCCGUCUUUUAGUGCAUAAAGCCACCAACUUGGAUGUAUCAUAUCACAAGUGUUGGAAUGCUAGGAGGAAGGCGAUGAUAAAAAUAUUCGGGGAUUGGGAUAAUUCGUAUGAGAUCUUACCUCAUUAUCUUGAAGCACUCAAAACAGAAAAUCCGAGGACUGUCUACGAAGUAUCUUCGGACCUCGUUGAUGGCGGAGAACGGCGGUUCACCAGUGUAUUUUGGGCAUUUGGGCCCUGUAUUGAGGGGUUUCGAUAUUGCCGUCCUCUUCUUAGCAUUGAUGGAACUCACUUAUAUGGUAAAUACAAAGGCGUUUUGCUUGUUGCAACCGGAGUUGACGCGGAUGGCGGGUUGUUUCCUUUAGCAUUCGCAGUGGUUGAUGUUGAAAACAUAGAGAAUUGGGCUUGGUUUUUUGCAUGCAUUAGAUAUCAUAUCCCUAGUGUGGGGACGCGGCCGAUUAUAUUCAUAUCCGAUAGGAUGAAAGGAAUUCCAAGAGCACUCCGACGACAUUUCCCGCCACCACAUGCACAUCGUUAUUGCUUGCGACAUAUUAGAGACAACUUCAAGAAGAAGUAUGGAAAUGCUCAGGUUCAAGACUUACUUUGGCAAGCCGGUUGUGCAAUAGAAAAAUAUGUUAAUGAACAAAUACGAGAGAGGAUCAAGUUCAUUUCACGAGCUGCACAUGAUUGGAUAGAAACUAGUUUGGGUCCAAACAAUGUUGAUAAGUGGGCUUUAUGUGAGGAUGACGGCAGACGGUUCUGUAUGAUGACUAUGAAAGCGUCUGAGAGCUUCAAUGGCGUGCUCAGGGGAGCACGUGGCAUGCCAAUACAGGCACUAGUUGCUAAAACUUUUUACAUGCUUAAUAAAUUCUUUCUUCGACGUCGAGAACUUGGUGAAAAUAUCCGCUCAGAGCUAACACCGAAGGUUGAUGAAAUGCUAGCGGCUCGGAUUGUACAAGCUCGGUCCUUUCAGGUUGUACGAUACAGUUUUAAUGAAUGGCAGGUGCUCGAGGGAAUAACCCAUAGAGAAAAUCGCUCUUACAAGGUCAAUAUGUUGGUGGAUCACACUUAUAGCAUUGAUGCUGAUAUUGAUGCGCACGUGACUGAGAUUCAGGAUCAGGUGGCGUUAGGGCUCCUCAGCAGGAUCAAGAAGAGCAUAGUGCAGGUGUUUCAUAAGACUCGCGUCGACGAGUUCGCAGGUCGUGAGGACAGGUCUCGCUCAUUUGGAAGGGCGUACGCUCGACGUCGUUGGCCACGUGAUGAUGACGCCGGCACUUCGCAUGCCGAUGGAGCCGGCACUUUGCAUGCCGAUGGAGCCGACACUUCGCAGCUUCAUACACAGUCGGAUACUCAGAUAGUUGAGGCUCAUCAGUAG